AUGGCCAACGGACCGACCACAUCGCCGGAGACGGAGUCACAAGCACUGUCCCUAUCGGACAUCAGGGCAGAUAUUAGAGCCCUAACUAGCACUAUGGUCACGAAAGCCGACCUGAAAAAUACGUCCGACGCGCUCUAUGAGGCGAUCCGAGCGGAAGUCGCCAUGCUUGGGAGUGAUAUAGCAGCGCAAGGCACCCGCAUCCAGGCACAAACGAUGACUGGACGCAUAGAAGCUAAUAACCUGGCUAUCAACCAACAAGGUACCAUCCUCCUACACCUCAGAAGGCAG